AUUUUCAGGAGAUUAGGACAAUCGCUGAUUAUGAUAUUUCUGAAUUAAAUAGGUUCCAAUUACGUGCCUUAUAGGGUUCAAAAAGUCUUUAAGGUGGUUCAUGCUUUUAUCUAUAAUUUUCUAUAAAUCAAUCAAACGGAUAUAAGAAAUGAAGAAACAACAUUUCAUCCUCGCUGUGGCAUUUAUCUGUAUGCUGCUCUGAAUCGUCCAUUUUUACAUGAGAGGAAGAAGCGUGUCAAAAUACAGUGCACUUAAUCUAGACCAUGGCCGCUCCCGGGAAAAUGCCGAGGGUCAUGUAGAAGCAGAGGAGAGGCGUUAUAUCCAAGAGGGUAACCCAUUUGAUCUAAGUGAAGCAAAACAAGAAGUUUUGCCCACUAUGGCGAGAAAGACAACAACAACAAAGCCGACGACAAAAAAGACAACAGUUCAACCAAGGCCAGAGGAAACCAAUAAAUCUGUGGACAAGGUAGAAAAACAAGCCAAUCAAAAGGCUGAAAAUUUGAAAAGUAGUGACAUUACACUGACGAAUACAGAUCAAAUUAAGAAGUUAGAAACAACAUUGGAAAAAAUCAAGAAUUUGUCAUUGCCAGUACUUAAAGCUAAUUUAUCAAAACAACUAGAAGAAAGUAAAAUAAAGGGGAAAUCAGCAGCUACAACAAAACAUAACGAACAGAAGUCAUUGAUGAGUGAUGUUCGGAUCUAUAACUGGAAUGGCUCUUGGAGCAUUUCUCCUAUGUGUGAAGAAGUGAAAGUGAAAGAUUUCCAGGAGGCAACAUUAAACACUUUGUCUGGACAGACACCUAUAUUUGUUUACUCAGAGACACAAGAUAAGUAUGUUUCUCAUGAUAUAAUACGAACUGGGAGAUGGGAGAAUCAUUUAGCCGUACCCAUGGUGAAAUUGUUGCAAGAAGACCCAUCUUUGACGUUUCUAGAUAUCGGGGCCAACAUAGGCGCGUUUACCCUAGAAAUGGCAAAACUAGGUCGGAAGACAAUAGCCGUAGAACCGCUCAUAGAUAAUAUCAAAAGACUAUGCUGUUCAGUUCAUAAAGGUAAACUCGGAGAUUUAGUGACAAUAAUCGCAAAUGCAAUAUCAAGUCGCCAUAUGCAAGUGACAUUGGGCAAGGAUUUAAACAAUGUGGGAGGCACGUUUGUGAAUCAAGAGAACCCCGUGAAAAAAGCUCAGAUAGUCAUGAAUGGCGAAUACGCCAACCCUGUUAAUACAAUCCUGUUGGAUGAUAUUCUUGGACUUCCGGACAAACCUAGCCGCGUGGUCAUCAAGAUGGAUGUAGAGGGCUACGAACACUUUGUAUUGGAAGGAGGGACCUAUAUCUUUAAACAAGUGUUUGUGAAAGCUGUGUUCAUGGAGUGGACUUAUAGCAAUAACCCAUCCAUCAGGGACUCAAUCAUCAAGUUUAUGGUGAACCGUGACUUUUUACCGCAUGCAUUAUCAAUGCAGGAUAGUCUGUUGGAAUCAGCCUACGAUAGCUGGCCGGGUAAUAUUGUGUGGAUAAAUAAAAGUAAAAAUUAAAGUAA